AUGGGGAAUGGCGAUCAGCAGCAUCAAUUUCCACUUUCAAUUUCAAACCCCUUCAAUUUCCACUUACAAUCCAACCAUGUCUUCCAUCUCUUCAUCUUUGUCAUUGUUUUGCCGCUCGGAUUCCUAACAUGUUUGUACCUUAAAAGCUUCUCAUUUACUUCACUAGCCACCUCAUUUUCUACUUCUCCACUAACCUCAUCGUUACCACAACCGUUAAUCCCGCCUCCACCACCGCCGAUUUCAUUGCCACCACUGGAAGAGCAGGAGCUCCUUGCUCAUAAUAUGACUGACAAGGAGUUGCUCCGGCGAGCAUCAUUAAUGGUUCCUGAAGUAGUCCAUGGCGUCCCAAAGGUAGCUUUCAUGUUCUUGACAAAAGGGCCUCUGCCAUUGGCUCCCUUGUGGGAGAAGUUCUUCAAAGGGCAUCAAGGCUUUUACUCCAUAUACGUGCACGCACAUCCUUCUUUCAAUGAUUCCACGCCUGAAGAUUCUGUCUUCCAUGGUAGAAGAAUCCCCAGCCAGGCAGUCUAUUGGGGCACAUCCACAAUGAUCGACGCGGAGAGACGCCUGUUAGCAAACGCCCUGCUGGACUUCUCCAAUCAAAGAUUUGUAUUGCUCUCAGAAUCCUGCAUCCCAUUAUUCAACUUCAAAGCCAUUUACAGCCAUCUCAUGGACUCAAAACAGAGCUUCCUGGGCUGCUUCGACGACCCGAGAAAGCCGGGUCGUGGCCGAUACAACCCCAAAAUGUUUCCCAUAAUAAACAUCACAAAUUGGCGAAAAGGGUCUCAGUGGUUUGAAGUGCACCGUGAGCUUGCCAUCCACAUUGUGUCCGACAGCAAAUACUACCCUGUUUUUCUCCGCCAUUGUCUCCCUCCAUGUUACCUCGACGAACAUUAUUUUCCUACGCUCGUGAACAUCCGGUUCCCGGAGUUGAAUUCGAAAAGGAGUAUCACGUGGGUUGAUUGGUCGAGGGGCGGCCCUCAUCCUGCGAAAUUUGGAUGGGGUGAUAUCACGGAUGAGUUUCUUAAUCAGAUUCGAUUUGGAUCAAGAUGUUUGAACAAUGGAAAUGCUACAUCAAUGUGUUUCUUGUUUGCAAGAAAGUUUCUACCCAGUGCGUUGGAGCCUUUAUUGCGGGUUUAUCCUUUGUUGCUUGGUUUUGAUCCAUAG